CGGCAGCGGCGGCGGCGGAGCCCCCCGCCCGGGCCCCGAUGAGUAACUCCCGCAACAACCGGGUGAUGGUGGAAGGGGUCGGGGCCCGGGUAGUGCGCGGCCCGGACUGGAAGUGGGGGAAGCAGGACGGCGGCGAGGGCCAUGUGGGCACCGUGCGGAGCUUCGAGAGCCCCGAGGAGGUGGUGGUGGUGUGGGACAACGGCACCGCCGCCAACUACCGCUGCUCCGGGGCCUACGACCUGCGCAUCCUGGACAGCGCGCCCACUGGCAUCAAGCAUGAUGGGACUAUGUGUGAUACCUGCCGUCAACAGCCAAUCAUUGGCAUUCGGUGGAAGUGUGCAGAGUGUACAAAUUAUGAUCUGUGCACGGUUUGUUAUCAUGGAGAUAAGCAUCACUUGAGGCAUCGCUUUUACAGAAUUACUACACCAGGAAGUGAGCGGGUUCUGUUAGAGUCUCGUAGAAAAUCUAAGAAGAUUACAGCCAGAGGAAUCUUUGCAGGUGCCAGAGUGGUGCGAGGUGUGGACUGGCAGUGGGAAGAUCAGGACGGAGGAAAUGGGCGCCGGGGAAAGGUAACGGAAAUCCAGGACUGGAGUGCAUCGAGUCCACACAGUGCAGCAUAUGUUCUCUGGGACAACGGCGCAAAGAACCUUUACCGAGUGGGCUUUGAGGGCAUGUCUGAUCUGAAGUGUGUCCAGGAUGCCAAAGGAGGUUCUUUCUACAGAGAUCAUUGUCCUGUGCUAGGCGAGCAGAAUGGCAACAGGAAUCCUGGUGGAUUGCAGAUUGGUGACUUGGUAAAUAUAGAUCUUGACCUAGAAAUUGUGCAGUCUCUGCAGCAUGGUCACGGUGGAUGGACUGAUGGGAUGUUUGAGACUUUAACUACCACUGGAACUGUUUGUGGCAUCGAUGAAGAUCAUGACAUUGUAGUGCAGUACCCAAGUGGCAAUAGGUGGACAUUUAAUCCUGCUGUCCUCACCAAAGCCAACAUUGUUCGCAGUGGGGACUCUGCACAGGGUGCGGAAGGAGGCACUUCGCAGUUUCAGGUGGGCGAUCUCGUGCAAGUUUGUUACGAUCUGGAAAGAAUCAAACUUCUGCAAAGAGGACAUGGAGAGUGGGCUGAAGCAAUGCUACCAACUUUAGGUAAAGUUGGCCGAGUACAACAGAUUUAUUCCGACAGCGACUUAAAGGUGGAAGUAUGUGGAACAUCUUGGACAUAUAAUCCAGCAGCAGUUUCCAAGGUGGCAUCUGCAGGAUCAGCCAUCAGCAAUGCCUCUGGUGAAAGACUCUCUCAGCUCCUGAAGAAAUUGUUUGAAACUCAAGAAUCUGGUGAUCUGAAUGAAGAAUUAGUUAAGGCUGCUGCCAAUGGAGAUGUUGCUAAAGUGGAAGAUUUGCUGAAAAGACCAGACGUGGAUGUGAAUGGACAAUGUGCUGGCCACACAGCUAUGCAAGCUGCUAGUCAAAAUGGACACGUUGAUAUUUUGAAGUUACUUUUGAAGCAAAAUGUGGAUGUAGAAGCAGAGGAUAAAGAUGGAGACCGAGCGGUUCACCACGCAGCUUUUGGAGAUGAAGGUGCUGUUAUUGAGGUGCUGCACCGGGGCAGUGCUGAUCUGAAUGCGCGCAACAAGCGCCGCCAGACGCCGUUGCACAUUGCAGUCAACAAAGGUCACCUGCAGGUUGUGAAGACGCUCUUGGACUUUGGUUGUCAUCCCAGCCUCCAGGACUCUGAAGGAGAUACCCCUCUUCAUGAUGCCAUCAGCAAGAAACGCGAUGACAUCCUGGCCGUCCUCCUGGAAGCUGGAGCAGACGUCACCAUCACAAACAACAAUGGGUUCAAUGCUCUGCAUCACGCCGCACUCCGGGGAAAUCCCAGUGCAAUGCGUGUUUUACUGUCAAAAUUACCAAGACCAUGGAUUGUGGAUGAGAAGAAAGAUGAUGGUUAUACUGCCUUGCAUCUGGCUGCCCUUAAUAACCAUGUGGAAGUGGCUGAACUGUUAGUACACCAGGGUAAUGCAAACCUGGAUAUCCAGAAUGUGAACCAGCAGACUGCCCUACACCUCGCCGUUGAGCGACAGCACACCCAGAUCGUUAGGCUUUUGGUCCGUGCUGGUGCCAAGCUGGAUAUUCAGGAUAAGGAUGGAGAUACUCCUCUGCAUGAAGCUCUGAGGCACCACACUUUGUCCCAGCUGCGUCAGCUUCAAGACAUGCAGGAUGUGGGGAAGGUAGAUGCUGCCUGGGAGCCAUCGAAAAACACAUUGAUAAUGGGACUUGGAACCCAGGGGGCAGAGAAGAAGAGUGCAGCAUCUAUUGCCUGUUUCUUGGCAGCCAAUGGAGCUGACCUUGGCAUUCGGAAUAAGAAGGGUCAGUCACCGCUCGACCUCUGUCCUGAUCCAAGUCUCUGCAAAGCACUGGCAAAGUGUCACAAGGAAAAAGUCAGUGGUCAGGUGGGUUCUCGGAGUCCUUCUAUGAUUAGCAAUGAUUCUGAAACCCUAGAAGAGUGUAUGGUGUGCUCAGAUAUGAAAAGAGAUACACUCUUUGGCCCAUGUGGACACAUUGCAACCUGUUCCUUAUGUUCGCCACGAGUCAAGAAAUGCCUCAUCUGUAAAGAACAAGUUCAGUCUAGGACAAAGAUCGAAGAAUGUGUGGUGUGCUCUGACAAGAAAGCAGCUGUUCUUUUUCAACCCUGUGGACACAUGUGUGCUUGCGAGAACUGUGCCAGCCUGAUGAAGAAGUGUGUGCAGUGCCGGGCGGUGGUGGAGCGGAGGGUGCCCUUCGUGCUGUGCUGCGGUGGGAAGAGCGCCGAGGACGCCAGCGAUGAGCUCUCAAGUGGGAAUAUUCCAGUGUUACAAAAGGACAAGGAUAAUACCAAUGUCAACGCAGAUGUGCAGAAGUUACAGCAGCAGUUACAGGACAUUAAGGAACAGACGAUGUGUCCCGUGUGUCUGGACCGCCUGAAGAACAUGAUCUUCCUCUGUGGCCACGGCACGUGCCAGCUCUGUGGAGACCGCAUGAGUGAAUGUCCCAUUUGUCGCAAGGCCAUCGAACGGAGGAUUCUUUUGUACUAAGAAACUGUUUGUUAGCUAAAGGAUAUGGUUAUGAGUCUUAGCUUCUAAGCAGGUUGGAAGUUCUAAUGAAUUAAUUUCUAAUGUCAUAGUUUCUUUUCUAGAGUGUAAUUAGAUUGUAAAUGUACCAGAACAAAAGAUCUCUACAAAAAGUGUUUGAAAUAGAAAUCUUGUGUUUAUUUGUUUGGAGGGAGGGGUAUAUUUUUCUUUUACAUUUGAAACAUGUAAUUUUCUUUUGGUUUCGAAGGGGGAAAUCCUUUGAGGAGAUCCUUUUGUGUUUUUUUUGUAUUUUCUCCUACAGAUUAUAAAUUCAUUAGACCUCAAAAGACAUAAUUCUGUAUGAUCAGUUAUUACGAUUUUACAUAGUGAAGUGACACAGGUACCCUGAAAAGUUGUGCAUUGAAUGAAAGGGGCCAGUCAGACUGCUGUGUCACACAUUAAAUGAUGAAAUUAUGGUACAGAUUAUGCAUGGUGAAGGGAAUAUUGAAGGGAAGUUUCGGUUUUUAAGAAAACAAGAAGUUAUCUAAAUGUUUUUGAAUUCUUAGAGUAAUGCAAGCAUAGACUAAGAAAAUGACUUUGUAGUUAGCUUAUUUCCUAGGUUUUAAAGAAAAACUAACUUGAAUCAAAUUACCUGUUUCAAAAUGACAGAGUGAUGUGAAAAGGAAAACCAAGCAAUCAUAGUGGAGCUGAAAAUCAAAAUCAUAGUGGGGAAAAAAAACAAUAAAAUAAUACCUAUUAACCAUUAACAGUCACAUCUUAUAUUAGUUUAUGCACUGCUUGAUUCAGCAACCCUUUAAAAAAAAAACCUGAGAAAAGUGUGCUUAGGUUUUCCUGGCGACAACUCCCCAGUGGGCUAAGGAGGGCGGUGACCCUGCCUCCCGACCGGGUUCUGCCCCUCGGGAUGGGCCAGGUGUCGCAGGGAGGUAGCAGUCUCCCUUGCUCUGCAUAGCGUCCAGAGCCUUACUGCGCUCUCAGAUAGCAGCUCGUACUGGAAGGUGUUAUUUAAACUGCCGACAGUAUCUAAGAUACUGUGAAUGACCUCAUAGUAGGUAGGUACUUAGAAAGAGUGCCAGUGCCGUAUAGAAAUGUGUCUGAUUAACCUUUAGAUUUGUUUUUUUCUAGUGGAGGGGCAGCCUUUGACUGUAGAGCAUCUGAUCAUUUUCUCUUCUCUGACUCUUUUUGAGACAAGGGUACAUAUAUACCUAACUAGAAAUUUUUGGGUUUCUUGCUGCUGGAUUAUAUUAAAAAAAAAAAAAAAGCAGCUGUUUAUAAUACUGUCUACUACAUAUUAUGUAUAAGGUCGCUCCUAACUAGAAUGGAUCUCUCACAGUUUUUUUCCCCCCUUUAAAUCUGGCUAGCUUUUCUUAUUUCAGUUUUCCUGCUUUAAUAACUAACAAUGUGUUGCCAGGCAUGGUGGCACAUGUCUGUAAUCCCACUUGCGGGGCUGAGACAGGAGGAUCAUUGUGAGUUCGAGGCCAGCCUAGGCUACAUAGUGAGUUAAGGCCAAUCUGAACUACAUAUCAAGACCUGUCUCCCCCUCAAAAAAAUAAUAAAUAAAUAAAAUAAAUAAAUAAAAUAUAUAUAUAGUACAUCGUGUCUAACCAUAGCACUGUUUCUGGCUACUUAAUUGCUACUGCCUUUGCCAGUGCUGGUGACAGCAGUGGUGAGCUUUGGGGGCUGCUUUUAUAGUCUCAGCAAUUCCAUAUAUAUGUUUAGCUGAGAAAUUGUUACACUCUGAAUAGUAGAAUUUUCACACAUUUCAAAUGUGAAACUUUGUUGACUCUUCAGUUAUCUCGGAGGCUUCUGAGACUAUUUUUAAAGUAUAUUUUGAAGUUAUAAGAAGGUCUGAUUGAUAAUGUCAUGUAAGGAGACAUUUCUAAAGACAGCGGGAGUCAGGAUUUCUCCCCGUGUGCCAUAGGCCACCCCCACCCACACUGGGAAAGGGGGCCACAGCUGUGUUUCACUUCAGUCCCUUUGUUUUGUCUUCUGAGUUGCAGUGCUAAAACAUAUUCCCAAAAGGCAAUAAUAUCUUCCAGACUAAUUCUCCAUAGUAAAAAUAGAGCUUCAAUUGUAGAAGUCAUAAAGUCACUAUAAUUCUAGUGCUAAGUACUUGUGGAUUUUCUCUAUUUGUAUCACUUUGAAAUUUGUUUUAUGAAUAGAGAAUUUUUCUGUAGUCAUGUUUUUAAGUACCUAAAAUUAUUUUGAGUUUGCAAGAAAGAAAAAACUUGCUCUUUCUACACAUCUCUCAGCAGUGCUUUGCAGGUUAGGUGUUUCCCCUUGUGUAAAGCUCUAUCUUGUGCCUCUAGAGAGCUUUACCUUUCCUAGAAGUUUUUUUUUCCCAGUACCAGGGAUUGAACUCAGGACCUUGAGCUUGCGAUGCAGGCACCCUAGAGUUUUUUAAAAUGACAUGCACGCAUUCAAAAAACUGUAUUGACUGGGGCCAGAGAUUUAGCUCAGUGGUGUCGCUGCCUGCCUCAAAAGCACAAGGUCCUGAGUUCGAUCCCUGGUACUAAAAAAAAAAAUGUAUUAACUGGGCUUCAGGGGCUGGUACCCAAAUUGGGAGGAAAAAGAAGAAAUCAGCCUCAGCACACUCAAAAUGCAUGCUGUGGCAGUUGAGUAUUUGGUCAUCUUGGGACAGGGAGGAGGGGACCCAGAGACACUGACAGCGUUUCUUCUCGAUGCCCCCAAAGUGUCGGCGUUGAUACCCGGCCUCCUGUGCUCCUCACUACCACCUUCUCUCCUUUCAUUUUUCUGAGUCUUGGCGUUGUUACUCCAAAAACACACAGCUUACUGAUGGUGCUAUCCUAAUUGUGUUUGUUCACACACUAUAACAUUCUUACUUACAUACAUAUUUAAUUUUGUUGGGAGCAAGAUUUUCCAGAGAAGAUAAUUUUGUAUGAGUGUAGGAAUAUUAGACAGUGUUUAGUUAUGCUGGCCAAGUUAUGAUUAAUUAAGCAUUGCAAAUGAACCAGCUAGCUACUGAGGCAUAAAAUUAAUUGACAGAUAAUGUUGGAAAUAACUUUCUUGAAUUUGUAUUUCGGAUGGCUUUACUUGUGAGAGCAUUUUGGCGUAUUGAAGUGUAUGCUGCUGACGAUUUGUCCCGUUCAGAUGGCAAAGCUUGCUGGGUCAUGUUUGACACACCAGAACUAUGCUGCCUAGUUAUGUGUUGCCCACUUGCUAUUGUUUGUUUAUUCUGAAUUCUGGAUGCUUUUUGGACUCGGAAUGAAGUUUAUGAAUGAAGAGAAUUAGGGCUGGGGCAGGCUCAGGUCAGGACACUGAGGCUGCAACAAGUAGGAAACAGAAAAGUCAGUGUUACAAGUGAAGAGGAGAAAAGAGGGCCAUGUGGAUUCCAUUAGAGCAGUACUGGAGAGAGUAUAUUUAAUUGAAUAAUAAGAAGUGUACUUUAACCAGUCUGUCUUUAGUAUAGUUUAAUGGAUAGUCUUUUGUAAAUUAUAGACUUUACUACAGCUUGCUUUUUUUUAAUCCAAAAGGAAAAGCACUUCUCAAAGUGUCUAAAAUGUUUUAUAGUAAUAAUUUGUGUAAAAAUUGAAUUUUGGAAUAGAUGUUUUUGCAUUUUUGUAGUGUGGUAAAAAAGAAUAGUUUGCCAUCUUAACUCUUUCUGAGUAUACAGUUUAGUAGUGUUAAGUGUAUUCACAUUGUUGUGAAACAGAUCUCUAGAACUUUAUCUUGAAAACUGAAACACUGUACCCAUUAAAUAAUUCCCUUGCCCCUUCCCCUCCAGUAGAAUAGAGUUUUAACCAUUUGUAAAUCAAAUACCUGAAUUAUUCAGUAGUUAGUUUGUGUUUGCAAGACCUCAAGUCGUGGUAAACACCGUGUUCCUAAAACAUGGGUGUGGGACAGCAUUUCUCUCCCUUUGCUCCAAUUGUUAUUAAUAAUAACUGGAUAGGCUUUAAAUGUCUGUUAAUUGGAAGAGUUUAUUUCAAUUUAAGCCAAGGGAGAGAAACACAUUUUAAAUAUCAGAAUUAGGACCCGAGUUUGAUCCCUGGUACCAAAAAAAAAAAGAUUAGGGGAUUAAAUAUCAGAAUUAAGUUAACUUUGAAUUUAUCCUAAAUUGGAAAGAUAAUAGAUUUUUACAGAUGAUGUGUGCCUUGUUGAAAAUGUCAGUUGUCUUUUAAGUCUGCUUCUCAAAGUUUCAGAAAUGAACAUUUCACUUGCUUGAAUAUUAUGAUAGGAAUGCUGACUGAUAUUACUUGAUGAUAUAUAUCUCCCCUAGGAACUUUAACAUAUAUAUAAUGAUAGCAGUAUUAAUAGUGAGUUGUACUUCUUUAAAAUAUUAAAUUGAGGAAACUCAUGUUGUCUCAUGUGUGUAUUGCUUUGCUCCAGUGAGGGGAGUCCUGUAGGCUGAGUUCAGCGUCCUGAUUCACACCUGGUUAGUAGUGGGUGAGACAGACUACACUGUAAAAAUAGGAGGUAGACAGUGGAGCUGACACAUUAAAUUGUAAGUUGCUACAUUGGCAUUUUCUACCUCCUCUUCUGUCCGAGUAUUACUUUUUCCAGCAUUUAUUCUUAUUUGUGACUAAAGAGGAAUUGAGAACCUGAGGUUAAAAUUGAAAGUGUUGUUUUAUUAAAAAUCAAAGCAGUAGGUACAAAGAAGUGAAUUGUCAUGUUCAUUUGGUGCCUGAAUCCAUAGCGAGAAGUUAUAAUUGACAUGUACAAAAUGUCCAAGAAGGUACUAUUUCUGAAUUUUUAAUUUUCCUGUAUGGUCCUCAGUUUUGUUUCAUAAACAUGAUUUGUUUCCUCCAAAAUCAAAAUGGCCUUGUAAUUUUUAAUAAAAUAGACAUGCCAUUUUGUCUGAGAUACAUAAUUUCAGGAAGCUAUUGAAAGUUCUGACUCAGGGCUUUUUAACAGUUUAAGCAAUUAUUAGUUGUAUUUUGGAAAUUCCAUCUACAUAAUUCUUCAGUGCCUUGAAAGAAUUAUCAGCUUGGCAGCGCCGUGAAAGCUUCCUAGAAGGUGGGUUCUGGUGCACGUGUGUCACUGCGAGUCACACUGUUAGCCCCUGUGACAGUGACCCUGCACUGUGCUGGGUUAUGUAAUUCUUGAAAGGAAGAGUUUUAGAUUUGCACUUGAUCCUUGUUUGUGUUUUGUUUUGUUUUUUAAACUGAUCACUUUUCUGGCCAUAAUACUGUUACCAAAAAAGUGAUUCUGUUAUCACAGUGCAGAGCCAUCGAUGGUUUCUGGGAAGAGUAGAGCCAGCUUACACAGGGUGCUGCUCAGCUUCGGGGGGUCAGCUUGGGAAAUAGCCUUCCCCUCAAAUGUAAACACAAAAGCCUUUGUUCAAGGGAUUCACUUAAAAAAAUUUUUUUAAAGAAAAUCAUGAAUUGCUUGUCAUUCUUAAUGCUGGUCUUAAGAGACUAAAUCUAUAAAAUUGUUUUUAAGUUCUGUAUGCUUGUGUCAUUCUAAAUGCAGUAUAUUCAAUGUCAGAAGGUGGUUUAAGUGACUCAGUGUUUUGCUUUGUACGUUUUCCAUAUUUUUAGAUUUCAGGGUUGGAUUAAUUUGAAGUCAAGUCUUAUUGGUGGAUGUAGUUUCUGCAUGGCAAAUGAUUCUUGCUUAUUAGCUUUUGUUUAAAAAUGCUUAGCGAGAGCUAAGCUUUUAAAAACAGAUGGGAAAAAAAAAAAACAGAUGGAAACGUUUACCAGUAAUAAAACCUGUGG